ACUUUGUGACGCCUUUUAUUGUAGCAACAGCUCCUGGUCGCUUGCCCGAAAUCCCCAGCUCCUUCCUUUACAGAGCCUAUAAAAGAGGCGCUGCUGGAAGCGUGCAGGGUCCCGGCUGCAGGCUGCUGGGGCUAGUGAGGUAGGGAAAAGGGGAGGACACAAGAACGAGGGGCCAAGGAGGCCAAAGAGAGCAACAAGAGUGAUGGGGUGCGGGGCUUCUAAGCCUCUGGAAGAGCAACGACCGGUACCGGAGCCUAAGAAAGGCUGGGAGGAAGGGAGCGAGGUUGAUGGUGGUGAAUCUCACAGACCUGUAAAUGCUGGGCCUUGGGAUGGGUUAGCAAUGUAUCAAACUAUUGUGGAUGGUGGAUUUGGAAUAGAAGAUGAUGUCUUGAUGGGAAGCUUACCUGGAACCAUUCCAGAAAAUUCACCAUCUCUUGAUGAAAGAAAUAAAGAAGUAAAUACAGAACCAGUAAUCAAUGGAUUAAUCGGUACAUCCCAACAACUCCAGAAUCGAGAGAGACCAAAGUCAUCAGACAUCUUGGAGGAACUGAUCAUUCAGGGAAUAAUACAAAGUCAAAGUAAAGUAUUUAGAAAUGGAGAAUCAUAUAAUGUCAUGGUGAACACAGAUGAGAAGCCUCUCAGGAAGCCUCCUGCCAGACUAGAAAAACUUAAGACCCAAAGGGAAACAAAUGGUUUCACAAUAAAAAAUAUUGAAGACAAGAUGAAGGCUGCAGAUGAAAGGAAGAAGGUUAAAGGUGAAGAAAUGAAAAAAAGACUGAGAAGUGACAGGCCUCUGCCACCGAUUGUUCCUUCAAACACAGCAGAAGUGAAAGAGAAUGACACUUCAGUUGACAAAGGAUUUAAUGCUAUAGACUCUGCUGUGUUUCAGCCCUCUACCAUGGAAACAGGAAGGCAAGUGAAAAGGAAAAAAAGUAUUGAGAAAGGCAAAAUGGCCUCACAUGAAAUAAAUCAAAGUUAUGAAGUCUUUGGGAUUGUGGAGUCUGAUGUACACUACAACAGUCCUGAAGAUGUAUUCUGAUUCACUGGCAGUCCACUCUAGGAGCUCUAGUCUAAUUGCUAUUCCCCUAUUUUUUAUAAUUCUUUUAAAAAAGUCUUUGCGAAGGGAAAGGGACUUGU